AUGAACAAUUCUCCAAGGCAUAGCUCACCUCCUACGCCUACUACUAAAAGCAUCAAAUCAGUUGGGAAACAAUCCAGUAGUGAAUCUUUAAAUCUAGGUAGUAAUGAUGUUGUCGUCGAUGUUGCCACUGGUUCGAAUAAAACACAUGCAAUUGCAAAGGGUAAACAAACUGUGAAUAUUUCAAAAUCACCUGAAUUAAAUUAUUCACAGUUUAGGGAAGUUUUACUCCUACGACGACGACAACACCAGCAACAAAAGCAACAUAGUCGACCUAAAUAUGACUGGGCAAAUCCUCUGCGUAUCAGAGCCCAACAACAACAACAACGACAGGAACAGCCAACCAGACAGCAACAUCUGCGAAAUGAUGAGUUAAUUGCACGUGCAAUAGAACAAGAAACCAGUAAAUGUAUUUGCCAAAUAAAAUUUCAACCUAAAAAAGUUGGAACAGAUAAAUAUUGUUUUGGACCUAGUUCGAAAGUCUACUUAGUCCGUUUCCUGAAUAGUAUCACUAUGGUACGGGUAGGCGGUGGAUGGAUGAAGUUGAGCGAAUUCUUAGACACUCGUGAUCCAUGCAGAAUUGUCCAUAAAAGAAAUCGUGUUGGUUCUUCUGCGCCUAAAGCAAAUCCAUCAUUGACCACAUUCACACCUUCUGGUUCAAAGAGAGAAAAUACUUUAGGAUUUAUUGAAGUCACUCCAAUACGAGGGACUAAUUCGCAUGACGAAUCGCCUGCUAAUUUUGGGGAGGAAUUCCACAUCACAUCAACACCACUGCUGAAUAAGGAAGUCGGCCAUGGACAAAGACAAAUACCAAGUUUACUUGGUCAAGCUUUCAUUGAUACCACUACUACCUCUUCAGCGUUUGAGUCAUCUUCAAAUGAACAGGCAUCAACAACGAUAACCAAAAAAGACCGAAAGAAGAAAACAAGAAAACACUAA